AGGUUCACAUAGCAUAACCCUGAGACUUACUGCAAAAUACCACCCUUUCUAUGGCAAAAAAGGGAGGGCUUGGAUUUAGAAAAGGGGAAAGAGCAGGAAAGAAGGAUGCAAAUGGUCAGCUUUCCCGAUUAUUCCUCCGGCCGGGAUUCCUAAUUUAGGCCACUCGCCAGGCGCGAGACCCCGCAACGCCCAUUGCUGCCUAUCGCAAAGCUCACGCCUUUCCAGGUGUACCGGAGCAUCAGGUAUCAGCAUGGACUCAAACGAAGUCGCCGCCCACUGGGAAAGCAAUGCCGAGACCUGGACGAUAUACAGCCGAGCCGGCUACGACAGGUAUCGCGACGCGGUGAACACGCCAGCUUUCCUGUCCCUAUUGCCACCAGUUGCGGGCCUGAACGGCCUCGAUCUCGGCUGCGGCGAGGGCACCAACACCCGCGCGGUAGCCCGCCUCGGCGCGCACAUGACCGGACUCGACGUCGCUCCCACCUUCAUCCGGUACGCGCGCGAGACGGAGCAACAGGACCCCCUCGGCAUAAUCUACGUGCUCGGCGACGGCCAGAGCAUGGACUUCCCCGACGCGAGCUUCGACUUCGUCACGGCUUUCAUGUCCAUCAUGGACAUGCCGGACCAGCGCGCGGCGCUCGAGGGCGCCCACCGCGUGCUCCGGCCGGGGGGGUUCCUGCAGUUCUCGAUCCUGCACCCGUGCUUCGUGCCGCCGACGCGGCGCAACAUCCGCGACGAGAGCGGCGCGCCCGUGGCGGUCGAGAUCGCCGACUACUUCGACGAGACCGACGGCUACGUCGAGCGCUGGAUGUUCUCGCAGAUCCCGGCGCCGGAGCGCGACGCGCUGACGCCGUUCUCCGUGCCGCGGUUCCACCGCACGCUGACGAGCUGGGUGUCGAUGGUCGUCGGGGCGGGGCUGACGAUCGAGGCCUUUGGCGAACCCACGGCUUCGCCCGAGGUCGCUCUUGCUGAACCCGUGGUCGCUGAUACCCGUGUUGCGCCCAUCUUUCUUCAUAUCAGGGCGCGCAAGGUGGCUACCUGACAAAGCGGUAGGCGUGGGUGCAGCUGCGGACUGGUGACAGUAGGCUGCUGUGGCGGCCAAGGCCUUGGGCAUGGCUUCCUUCGAACUGAACCUCUUCUCUACUUUGAACUCGUUUACGUAUGGCUGCUAGUCCCUGCAAGACCGACUCUGGGUAAAAUUUUGUGAACUGCGUCAUGUUGAAGACGCUUGCAUAAAUUGUCCAUGGAUCGAGUUAU